CAAACUAUAGAUAGACAGAUAGAGAUAUCAAUUAGCAGCAAAGACUGAAACUCCAUUAUCCCGCCCGGCCCAACAAUGGUGAAUUUCACACUUACCACACCAUGUCCAUCCCUCCACCAUGGCCUUCCCUACAUCAAAGCCUCUUCUUCUUCUUCUUCUUCUAAACCCAAUCUCACUCCAAAGCCUGAGAAGAAGAAGAAGGGAUUAGCCGGUGUGGGCAUUGGACUGUUGGCUGCUUCCAUGCUACUUUCAUCACCACUCGACGCCAACGCUACCCGAAUCGAAUAUUAUGCGACUGUGGCUGAACCUCCCUGUGACCUUCAGUUUGCGCCUUCAGGUCUUGGUUACUGCGAUCUCGAUCCUGGCUUCGGUGAACAAGCACCCUAUUCUACGCUUAUCAAUAUUCACUAUACGGCAAGGUUUGCUGAUGGCAUAGUUUUCGACAGCAGCUAUAAACGCGGUAGACCUCUGACUAUGCGGAUAGGGGUCGGGAAGGUAAUCAAGGGGCUUGAUCAAGGAAUCUUUGGGGGAGAGGGUGUUCCACCGAUGCAUGUUGGUGGACGACGUAAACUUCAAAUUCCUCCAGAGCUAGCAUACGGACCUGAACCUGCUGGUUGCUUUUCUGGUGACUGCAAUAUACCUGCAAAUGCAACACUCCUGUAUGACAUUAACUUUGUGAACAUCUACUCGGGUAAUCGAAAGUGACUGGCUUCAAAAUGAUUAGCAAUGUAUGAUGCAUAAUCAAGUGAGUUUUUCCCUCGAAGUUGUUCACUUGUUAUUAUCGCGGAUAAUAUGUAUGUAUAUAUAUACACGCUUUAUUUGUUUGUAUAUGCAUCUUUGGGAAAUCCCAAAUCUACACAUUUAUCAAAUUUACUAUCACAAGGGCUUCCCAUGACUUGCAA